GCACGUUGACGCCGGCGACGCGCCGCCGGGCCCGCUCCUCCUGCGCUCUCGGCCAGUGUCCGGCCGACGGGCGGCGGGCCCCGGGGCCGCGGCGCGGGGCGGGCGCGAGCUGCCUGGGUCGGCCCCCGGAGCCUCGUCGCCCGCUGCCGCCGGCGAGCAAGAUGAUGUGCGAGGUGAUGCCGACCAUCAACGAGGCCGAAGGCCCCCCGGGCGGCGCUGGCAGCCACGGGGCUGGCUCCCCUUCCCAGCCGGACGCCGAGUCCCAUUUCGAGCAGCUGAUGGUCUCCAUGCUGGAAGAGAGGGACCGUCUGCUGGACACGCUGCGGGAAACGCAGGAAACGCUGGCGCUCACCCAGGGCAAGCUGAACGAGGUUGGCCACGAGCGGGACUCACUGCAGAGACAGCUCAGCACGGCCCUCCCGCAGGAGUUUGCAGCACUUACUAAAGAGCUCAAUGUGUGCAGGGAACAGCUCCUCGAGAGGGAAGAGGAGAUCGCCGAGCUGAAGGCGGAAAGGAACAACACCCGGCUGCUGCUCGAACACCUGGAGUGCCUGGUCUCCAGACACGAGCGCUCCCUGCGCAUGACCGUGGUCAAGAGGCAGGCGCAGUCUCCCGCCGGCGUGUCCAGCGAGGUGGAGGUGCUGAAGGCGCUCAAGUCCUUGUUCGAACACCACAAAGCUCUGGAUGAAAAGGUGCGGGAGCGGCUGCGCGUCGCGCUGGAGAGGUGCAGCCUGCUGGAAGAAGAGUUAGGUGCCACGCACAAGGAGCUAAUGAUCCUGAAAGAACAGAAUAAUCAGAAAAAGACGUUGGCGGACGGGGUGCUCGAUGUAAACCACGAACAAGAGAAUACUCCGAGCACCAAUGGAAAGAGGUCCUCUGACGACUCCCUAGGCCACGAGGAAGACCUGGCCAAGGUGCUGGAGCUCCAGGAGGUCAUCGACCGGCAGUCGCGUGAGCAGAGCCAGAUGAAGGAGCGCCUGGCUGCGCUGUGCAGCCACGUGGCCGAGCUGGAGGAGGACUUGGACACGGCGAGGAAGGACCUCAUCAAGUCCGAGGAGACCAACACCAAGCUGCAGCGCGACGUGCGCGAGGCCAUGGCCCAGAAGGAGGACAUGGAAGAGCGGAUCACCACUCUGGAAAAGCGCUACCUCGCGGCACAGCGUGAAGCCACGUCCGUGCACGACCUCAACGAUAAGCUGGAAAAUGAGAUCGCCAACAAGGACUCUAUGCAUCGGCAGACUGAAGAUAAGAACCGCCAGUUGCAGGAGCGCCUGGAGCUGGCGGAGCAGAAGCUGCAGCAGACACUGCGCAAGGCCGAGACGCUGCCCGAGGUGGAGGCCGAGCUGGCCCAGCGGGUUGCAGCCCUGUCUAAGUCUGAUCUUUUGUCUUCUGGGAGCUCUGCUGCUCAGGAAGCUAAGCUGUUGGAACUUACCUGCAAGCUUAGGAAGGCCGAAGAGAGACACGGCAACAUCGAAGAAAGGCUGCGGCAGAUGGAGGCGCAGCUGGAGGAGAAGAAUCAGGAGCUGCAGCGGGCGAGACAGAGAGAAAAAAUGAACGAGGAGCAUAAUAAGCGCUUGUCCGACACUGUGGACAAGCUCCUGUCCGAGUCCAACGAGAGGCUGCAGCUUCACCUGAAGGAGAGGAUGGCCGCCCUGGAGGACAAGAAUUCUCUAUUACGAGAAGUUGAAAAUGCAAAAAAGCAAUUAGAAGAAACACAACAUGACAAGGAUCAGCUCGUCCUAAACAUCGAAGCCUUGCGGGCUGAGCUGGACCAGAUGAGACUAAGAGGUGCUUCCCUACAUCAUGGCCGACCCCACUUGGGCAGUGUUCCAGACUUCCGGUUUCCCACUGCCGACAGCCAUGCAGAGCCCUACGGCACCAGCGCCGUGCUGCGGCGCCCCCAGAAAGGCCGGCUGGCGGCGCUACGGGAUGAGCCAUCCAAGGUACAAACUCUGAACGAGCAGGACUGGGAGCGCGCCCAGCAAGCCAGUGUCCUGGCCAACGUGGCGCAGGCCUUCGAAAGUGAUGUUGACGCAUCCGAUGGUGAGGACGACAGGGACACCGUGCUCAGUGCCGUGGACCUGUGGUCACCCAGCGGGCAGGCGGACGCACAGACGCUGGCCGUAAUGCUGCAGGAGCAGCUGGACGCCAUCAACAAGGAGAUUAGGCUGAUCCAAGAGGAGAAGGAGAGCACGGAGCAGCGGGCCGAGGAGAUUGAAAGCCGAGUUGGCAGCGGGAGUUUAGACAAUCUUGGUCGUUUUACAUCAAUGAGCUCCAUUCCGCCCUAUCCUGCGUCCUCCCUGGCCGGCUCCUCCCCGCCCAGCAGUGGCCGCUCCACUCCCAGGAGGAUGCCGCACAGCCCUGCCCGGGAAGUGGACCGCCUGGGCGUCAUGACACUCUUACCGGCUUCCAGAGACGAGGUACGAGAUGACAAGACAACCAUCAAAUGUGAAACCUCCCCUCCCUCCUCUCCGAGGUCACUGCGGCUAGACAAGCUGCACAGAGGGGCGCCACACUCGGUCAGCCAUGAGGACGUCAGGGACACGCGCAACUCCACAGGCUCCCAGGACGGCCCCGUGAGCAACCCCAGCAGCAGCAGCAGCAGCCAGGACUCGCUGCACAAAGCCCCGAAGAAGAAGGGCAUCAAGUCCUCCAUUGGCCGCUUGUUUGGCAAGAAAGAAAAGGGUCGGCCUGGACACACUGGCAAGGACGCGUCAGGACAAGCAGGUGUUCCGGAGGCGGAUGGGUCAUCUCCAGAUGCCAUGGGCCUGAGCAAGCUGGGAGGACAGGCUGAGAAAAACCGUAAACUCCAGAAAAAGCACGAGUUGCUGGAGGAGGCCCGGAGGCAGGGCCUGCCGUUUGCACAGUGGGACGGGCCCACGGUGGUGGUCUGGCUGGAGCUCUGGGUUGGCAUGCCCGCCUGGUAUGUGGCCGCGUGCCGGGCCAACGUGAAGAGUGGCGCUAUCAUGUCGGCGCUGUCGGACACGGAGAUCCAGCGUGAGAUUGGCAUCAGCAACCCGCUGCACCGGCUCAAGCUGCGCCUGGCCAUCCAGGAGAUCAUGUCCCUCACCAGCCCGUCCGCACCGCCCACCUCCAGAACGACCACAGGAAAUGUCUGGCUAACACAUGAAGAGAUGGAAACGCUCACAGCCACACCGCAGACGGAGGAUGAGGAGGGGAGCUGGGCUCAGACACUAGCUUACGGGGACAUGAACCACGAGUGGAUUGGCAACGAGUGGCUGCCGAGCCUGGGCCUUCCGCAGUACCGCAGCUACUUCAUGGAGUGCCUGGUGGACGCCCGCAUGCUGGACCACCUCACCAAGAAAGACCUGCGGGGCCAGCUGAAGAUGGUGGACAGCUUCCACAGGAACAGCUUCCAGUGUGGGAUCAUGUGCCUGCGAAGGUUAAACUAUGACCGGAAAGAACUGGAAAGGAAACGAGAAGAGAGUCAAAAUGAAGUAAAAGACGUGCUGGUCUGGAGCAAUGAGCGUGUCAUUCGCUGGAUCCUGUCCAUCGGCCUCAAGGAGUACGCCAACAACCUCACUGAGAGCGGCGUCCACGGCGCGCUGCUGGCCUUGGACGAGACCUUUGAUUUCAGCGCGCUGGCCCUGCUGCUGCAGAUCCCGACCCAGAACACGCAGGCUCGAGCUGUCUUGGAAAGAGAGUUUAACAACCUCUUGGUCAUGGGGACUGACAGACGCUUCGAUGAGGAUGAUGACAAAAGCUUUCGGAGAGCCCCUUCCUGGAGGAAGAAGUUUAGACCAAAGGACAUUCGUGGCCUGGCCGCUGGCUCGGCAGAGACGCUCCCUGCCAACUUCCGUGUGACUUCCACCAUGGCCUCGCCCUCUCUGCAGCCCAAGAAGAUGCCGAUGGACGGCAGUGCGUCCGGAGCGCCGCGGCUGGACUCGGCUGCGGUGAGAACUUACUCCUGCUGAAGCCGCCUGCUCUGGUGAGUGGAGAGCAGCGUGUGCCCACGCUGGCCGGGGCACCUGGGGUGGCUGGUUUGAACUGCGACAGGUGAACU